UUCACUGACUUCAUUUUCAACGAUUUUUUACCUCCAUGAAAAAUAAACCCCUUUUAUAGGUCCUAAACCCGUACCGGUAGCUAUUGUACCGUUUUAUUCGUAAAUCGUGCCGCUGCCAUGUUUAAUGCGUUUUAGCCGCCCUACAUCGCGCCACUUAAAACCAUCAGCUCACCCAGCUACCGUGCACUAUUCGCUGGUGAAAGAUGGCCAAGCAACGUCUGCAGCUGGCGCUGCUGCUGCUGCUGCUACCGUUGCACAGCGUCGCGUACAAGGACGGCGAGUACUGCAACAUCUGCAAGGAGCACGUGGCGUGCGGCAACGUGGACGAACUGCACGGCAGCUGCGUCCAGUACGAGAACGUGAGCCUGGCGCUGCUCACCCGCUACCGGGACGCGAUACUGCACCGGGUGAACGCUUUGCGGCACACGUUCGCGAUCGGCCAUCUGCCCGGGUUUAACGAGUCGUACGGUCCGAUGCAUGCCGUCGCGUGGGACGCAGAAAUGGCCGACCUGUGCCGGAUGAACCUGAACACGUGCCGCUUCGCGCACGACAAGUGCCGCGGUACGCUGCGCUUCCCGUACAGCGGCCAAACGCUCGGCAAGCUGACCAAGUGUGUGGCGCCGAAGAAUGUGGACGAUCUGCAGAUCCGCGUCCUGCCGCACGUCAUCCUGCAUCUGAUCGACCGGUGGUAUCUGGAGCACGAGGUGACGCACCCAGCGGACGUGAAGCACUACUCGCAGCAUUCCUCGUAAGUGGAUCCGCAGUUCGAACGGAGGGAGCGAUAUGAUGGGCUGCAUGCACUUCUUGCAGGUCGCGCAAGUUCCAAAUCGGACACUUUCUGCAGCUAAUCAACUGCAACGUCUGCCGCAUGGGCUGCUCGCUCGUCUCCUACCGGGAGCAUCGCAAGGGCUUGGUGUGCGACACGUACA